AUGUCCGUUGCGCUUCGAAUAUAUCUGCCUCAAACUUUAUGUUGGACGCUUUCUAAUUCUUUGGAUAUACAGGUAUCAGAUGCUUUGAUUAAGCUACAAAAGACUCCAGAGGGCGAAACCCCGCGAGCAGGCUUUCUGGCGGAUCUGGUCCCAUUUUCACCCAUCACCGGGCGGAAUGAAAUAACACCAAGGAUUGCUGCACCAGCAACAACGUUCAAAUUUCUAGCCAAGGCUGCCAGCCCGCCAUCGAUUGCAACAGAAAACCCCCAAAGGCACGGCUUCCCGCCGGGUACACACUGGGUAGACCAUGUCGGCGAGUAUGCCGCAUCUGAUCCGUCUGGCACAGGAUCUAUCGUUGUAAUUGAGCAGCCCCAAGGCCAGUACUGCGCUGUGACGGGUGGCAUUAUGGCGACUCGGAUGAAGGCCGUCGGGAUCAAGGCGACUGUUGUCGGUGGCCGGGUCAGGGAUUUGAGAGAGCUGAAAGCCACUGGACUCCCGAUCUGGGCUAGAGACAGCUCCACUGUGGGAACGAAUGCCGAGGCUAAAGCGGGUGCUCGAGAUGUACCCAUUUCCAUUGGAGGUGUCACGGUCUCUCCUGGCGAUAUUGUCUUCUGUGAUCCAUUGGAGGGGGUGGUUGCCAUUCCCCGUGAGCUCCUAGGUCAAGUGCUGGAGCUCAUGCCCAAAUUGACGGCCAUGGAUGACCAGGCAAAGGAGGCUGUUGCAAAUGGGAUGAGUGUUACUGAUGCCUUUAAGAAGUUCCGCUCAUAG